CUAUUUUACUCCGUUUCGUGGUGGUCGUGGUUCCACUGCAUAGCGACAGCCACUCUUUAGCAGACCAAAAGUGAACGCCUAGUUUUUUCUUAAAUUGCAAUUAGCAGUCUCCGAACUUACUGAAAACAGUGUUUUUCUGAACAUUCUUCAACCGAUUUCUUCUGGAAGUGAAAGAGCCCUCUUUCUCUGUGAGCGCAUUGGACUCCCACGAGCGCUGGAUGUGUGAUCGAGGGCUGACCCUCGCCGCCACGUUGGAGAGCAAGCCGUCGAGCGCCGCGCCGCAGGAGCUGUCGGGCGUCUGCCGCCACUUCUGGAUCCCCAAGCGCGAGAAGAAGCGGAGCGAGUCGGAACACUUCAGCUGAACGGGAUGCGGGUCUAAAGGAGGCAGCGCCAGAAGCAGCGGCGGCUUUGUGAAGGGCUGGCCAUUUGUCCUGGUUCCUGUCGACGUACAGUUUGAAGAAUGAAGGUUUUUCCUCUUUUGGUAAAAUGUCAUGAAGACCUGAAAAUUAGCUGAUAGUUCCCACGGCUGUUGAAGUACUCAGUGCCCGGGGAUUGAGCGUCCCGUGUGAGUGACUUGUGGGAGGGGCCCGCUCAAGGGGCCGAAAACUAGUUGAUUGUUGUUGAAUAGUGGUCAACAAGUUGUUCAUAAUCACCUCGAACAAGGUGAUGGUUAUGUUACGUAGCCGACGUUACUAUUGUAAGCAAAGCAACAGCAGCAGUAAUUGUGAUCCGCCAGAUCUGUUAGCUAUUCGAGAGAGAAAUCAGCACUGCCGUCGGCGGUGUGUGCAACAAUUGCAUCCAGUAUUGGAGCUCAGCGCCAAGGAGGUGACUGUGCACGAGAGAAAUCGUGCCAGACUUUAGCCCCCCUGCGGCAGAGCCGCCUGAAAAUAGCGCCUCCGGAGUGCUACAUGAUAUUCUGUACGGGUAAUGGGAUAAGUCCCUAUAAACAAGCAAGAGGUUUUAAAUUCAGUGAUUGUGUGUGUCUGAGAGGGAGAGUGAGGAGGACGAGGAAGAUAGGAGGAGGACCAUUUUUCGCCUUUAAAAGUUCCAUACAAAUGGUCUGGAUGGAAAGACGCCCGAGAGCUGUGUUGGUGCAGCAGUUCUUCCGCCCCUCACCAGAACAACGGUCUAAAGCAUAAACGUCCAGGGGCCAUGCUCUAGAGCUACGCCCUUGCGCGUGCUGGGAGGAAUGGAAGUGCAGUUUGCCCUGAACGGCGUGGAGGAGCUCAUGGAAUUGCCGCUAGAGGCUGGCCUAGAGCCGCCUUCCUGGUCUCCGAGUGAAACUCACUCACCGAACUCUGAUAUUCUUGAGGAACUGCACCCUUGGUCCGGAGAAGUAAAGUUCUCUUUUGGCGACAUCAAGGCAAAGAACUUGUAUGAUCUGGGUGUGCCACUUGAACUCCCUGUUUCCACCAACAUAGAUCAUACGAUGGUUGGUAGUCGAAAACGCAGGGGUUGGGAUGACGAUGAUAGUGAUUCCAGUGUGCCACCCAGCUCCAAAAUCAGUCGUGACCAGCUCCUGCUCUCCGACUGUCUUGAUAAUAUAAAUCCAGAUACAACUGAUCUGACUUCUGUUGAUACAGCCCUUAUGAGGGAUCACAAGAGAGACACAGGUUCUACCCUGAGUCGCACUUCGUGGCCUAUGAGGGACCUUGGUGACAACUUAACUGCAGACCUAGAUGGCCUAGGUGUUGACACCUACAAUAUAAGUGAGGCAUUUUUAAGCCUCCCCAGCUUGACUGUCUUCAAGCAGGAAGCUCCGUCUCCCUCACCAAAUGAGAAUGGAGUUGCUCACAUGUCUCCUCUUUCACUGGGAACAAAUCUGGUGGAACCAGAGACUCCUGUCAGCAACAAACCGACUCAGCAACUCCAGUCAUCACCCCUGCACCAUUUACUGCAGCCUGCAUUGCCAGGACCACAGCAGUCUCCCAAUCAGGAGUGUUCGACUGCUAUUGCUGCAGUGUCUCCUAACAAUCCUGCUGUAGAAUCGUUUUUCCCAAAUGCCACAGCUGAUCAAACCCCUCCGAUUGGAGAUUGCAGAUUUCAGUAUGUGUUGGCUGCAGCCACAUCAAUUGCCACCAAGGUAACAGAAGAAACUCUUACCUAUCUGAACCAAGGCCAGUCCUAUGAGAUUAAGCUGAAGAAGCUCGGAGAGCUUUCCAACUACCGCGGCAGAGUCCUCAAGAGUGUAAUUCGAAUCUGCUUCCAUGAUCGCCGUUUGCAAUACAUGGAGCGUGAGCAGAUUACAGCUUGGCAGGCAUCUCGCCCUGGAGAACGAAUCGUAGAAGUUGAUGUACCUCUCUCUUAUGGGGCAUUCGACAUUUCUCAAGAUUCUUCGCAACUCAACACUGUAGAAUUUUUGUGGGAUGCCACAAAAGAAGUUGGAGUGUACAUAAAGGUGAAUUGCAUCAGCACUGAAUUCACCCCAAAGAAGCAUGGUGGUGAGAAAGGUGUUCCAUUUCGUGUUCAAAUCGAAACUUUCCUCCAUGGAGACAAUUCUGCGAAACGUUUGCAUGCUGCUGCCUGCCAGAUUAAAGUGUUCAAGCUCAAAGGAGCAGAUCGCAAACACAAACAAGAUCGUGAAAAAAUAAUGAAACGCCCCAUGCAAGAACAGGACAAAUUUCAACCAUCAUAUGACUGCACUGUACUCACUGAUAUUUCAAAUGAAGCAGUGGCACCCCCCAUGAGUACGUCUGCCUCUCCAUGUGUGACAAUUCCAGCGCCAGCCAUUGCAGAGCUAGGGGUCAACUGUGGACCGCCAUUGAACACUCCUCCAUUAAGCUCAUCUGCUGUGCCAAAGGAAGAGCCCAGUCACACGUUGGGAGACAGCUCGCAAGGGCUUCCCCCUGGACUACACAUUUCAACACCUGGUGGAAUCGACCCAUCUAUCAAUGUGCUCAGUACAUCUGCAUUUUGUGAACCACUUAUAAGCACUGCCACCGAUCAACAGACAUCUCAAUGGUUGCAGAAACACAGAUUUGGAGCUCACCUACGGAUUUUUAACAGUUUCUGCGGAGCAGAUCUUUUACGUUUGACUAGAGAUGAUCUAAUUCAAAUAUGUGGCUUGGCUGAUGGCAUACGUCUUUUCAAUGCUCUUCAUGCAAAGAGUCUUACACCAGCUCUCACCCUUUAUCUUACCCCUGCGCCUGACAUGAAAGAGGGUGUUUUCAGAGCAUUGUAUUUGAAUUCUCUUACUUGCGGCGAGCUCAGUAUUCGUAUUGCAGCCCAUGUGGGCUUGUCUCCUGACCAAAUAAAUGAUGUAUUCAUUGAAGGGCCAGGUGGCAUCCGUGUCCUGGUCACAGACGAUGUUGUUCGGCACAUGAAUAAUGAGGCACUCUACAUUGUUGAAGUAUGCCAAGAUCAUACUAGAGAACGCUUCUGUCUGCUUUUGAAACCAACCACAAAGUAAGAAGCCAGGUUUAUCAUCUCUGAGUGAAUCCUUACUGAAGAAAUCUAAGGAGAUUAUUCUGACUCAUGUAUAAGAUGACGUAAGAACUUAAACCUCACUGAGGAUUUACUUGCAGCUAUUAGUCAUAGCAUUUACCCUUGCCUGAGUAAUUUCUGGCUUGGUUGUUAUAAGUCAAGUCGAAUAUAGCUGCUAGAUGUGUCUGCACUGUUAAAUGUUUAAUUGAAAUGAGCUAUUUUUGAAGAUCCGUCAGUUAACCGAAGGGUGGUGGUGAAGACUUUGAAGAGAGAUCAGAGAGUUCAUUCUUGUGGUGGAAAACAGAGACAUUGAUGGAUAGAAUGAAAGGUGGACUUAAUGAUUCUCCAUGUAAUUGUAUAGGACAUAAAAGAUGAUUGUGAAAUAUCGGAACACAUUCAAACUUACACCUUCACUGAAUUUAACUCCUCUUUGCUUGUUUCAUUUUACAUUCCCCUGAAUAGAACAUGUAAUUUAAUAAGCAUGUGGUGGAAACUUCUUUUUUAUGUAUGCUUGUGUUUAUUUCUUUCACAAGAGUGGUUUUUAUAGUUGAUAUUUUAUUAAGGAAAGGAAAGGAAAAUGAAUUGUUGGUUAUUAUAAUGGCGGUGUUGUGAAAGUUUGUUAUAAAAUAUUUUAAUUAUUUAUUGUGCAUUGUAGUAGCUUUUUUAUCCCAUGGAUGUCAGAGGAUCAGUUAAAGAGAGAAAUUUCAGAGAGAAAUAUUCCAAGUUACACUUGAUAGUUGAAGGCUGGGAAUUCAAAAGAAAAAGCUAUGCUAGUGAUGUCUACUUAUGUUAUGUAAACAUAGGCCUUUAUAGUUCAUAAAUAUCCCACUUUUCAUAGUAAACAGUAUUUUUCUUUUAGCCUGAUGGUCUACGGUUUAAUCCUUUGCCAACUUUAUGCAAGCAGUGGUGUGAAGCACCAUCUUUGUUAAAGCAGGUGACAGAAGCCCUCUGCAUUUUUUUGUGCAGUAGUUCGUUUUUGUUUUGGGUUUUUGUUUUGACCAUAUUGAAUUAUUAUUACUAUUACUAUUGACAGCACAAGUAUAGAAAGUUACAUUGAUUGUUCAGUCAAAUGUUCUUGAGUGCAUUUGUUUUUAAGCUUUCAAUCUUCUAGAUAAGAAAUCAUUUAUUGCUUUAAAUUCCUCACAUUGAGGGUGCAUCAAACCUACAAGGUUUAUUCUCACCAUAAUUAUUAUUCUAUCAUAGUGAAGACCAAAUAGAACAGUCGUAAACAGAAGCUCAGUCAGUUGUCAGUUCCUGCUCUUUUGAUUGAUUUUUCGGUUAACACUGCUGCUACUGACUUCUAGAUUCAAAUGUCUAGCUUUGGGCCUAAUUUCUGUUCAAAGUGUUGGUAGUUCAAGCUUAUCUUACAUAAUGAUAUCUUGUUUGACUGCUAUGUCACUUACAGUAACCCUACCAAACUGAAAAUGUCUUGGAAAGCCUCAUAGUCUCUGUUACUCAAUUUUAGAAUUUGUUGUGGAGUUGCUCAAUUACAAUUCUUGAUAGUGUUUUUUCUGUUCUUUUUUUGCAUUCUAUUCGUGUAGUUUAACUUAUGUUAUGCAAGCAAGUUCUUGGUAUUGUUUUUUGUGAAUACUGUAGUACUGGUACUAGUGCUAUCUUAGCAGCUGUAGUUGUCUUCUGCUAUGAAUAACAUGAUGACAUGAGCAGCCAAUAAUUUCAUAUCUAGCUAGAAUCGAACAGGACUGUCUACUUUUGUCUGAGAAUUUCUCUUGAGAUUAUAAUUGUUUACAUGUACCUAUAAAACAGAUUGUAUGGUUUCCUUAAGUUUUUGAUACAAUUGUGUCCCUUGAUAUAAUCUUUUAUAGUGGUAGUACUGUAGAUCUGUAUAUUUCUCUUCAAGUCAUGCUAAAAGUUUGUCAGGAUUCAUUUUAAUGUUUCAACAGUUAGAUUCCCUGCCAAUUCUUAAACACCCAAGCUUUCUUGAAUUUAGGCAAAUUUUUAUUUUAAAUUGCAAGAAAUCAACACAUGAAUUUUGGAUACUGUGAUAACUUGAUUAGUGCAGAAGACUGAAGAAAAUUUGAGUGAAUUAGAGGAAACACUCUUAUUUAACUUCUACUUUGAAAAUUUCACGCAUCACUUAUUACAUCUGACAAUGUCAAAAUGUGAGUUUUUUUUUAAAUGCCUGUUUGUGGUUUGCAUUACAGGGAGAAAAACCUAACUGCAUUGAAAUUUCUUGCAUAAAAUACUUGGAUUUUGUGUAUUUUGCCUGGGUGGACUUUCUGGACCUUUCCUUUUUUAAACACAGGAAGCACUAAAAUUGUGUUUAGUAACAUGGUUAAAUAAAUUGAAUUUAACUUCAUUAAA